GUUUACUUUUAUCAAUUAACAUGUUAAAUGUGUUGAACCAAAAUUAUUGUCUUCAUCAUCAGUGUCUCAUAUGGAAUUCACAUACAUGUUAGUGUAACGGUAUGUGGGACAUUAAUGUUUUUUCCUCGAGUAAAUAUUACAAAUUAAGUUAAAAAAAAAAUUAUCGCAUGCAGCUUGAUGUAUACUAAAAGAUGAUUCCUUAUAGUAAAUGGUGUACAGACGAAAGAGUGGGGGAGGUUAUAUUCUUUCACACGUAUCUAAGAUCCUUAUUUACGAGGAAAGUAAAUAAAUGUUUCACUCGUUCAGCAAGAUUGCUAAUCUAUGCUAAUCCACGCCGUACACUGCGCCAGCUUGUGUCAGAACAAAAAUGGAACGCCGCAAGGUUGAGUUCGGGGCUGUGAUAAAAAGGGAAUGUUUUCAUUUUGAGGAGGGAUGUACGUUUAUCAAUCAUGGGUCUUAUGGAGUUGUACCUACAAAAAUCAGGGAUAAACAAAAUCAAUUACUAGAUGACAUGAAUGAUAACCCAGACGUGUUCUACAGGCGAACGCUCAUUCAACUGUUCGGUGCCUCUAUAGAUGCCGCUUCAAAGUUUCUAGGGGCGGAUCCAAAGAACUUGGUGUUUGUACAAAAUGCCACAACAGGCGUAAACAGCGUCCUGAAAGCAUUCCCUUGGCAGAAAGGUGACGAGAUUUUGGCGACCGUUUAUACUUACAAAGCUGUCGAAUAUGCUUGUCGAAAGGCAGCCGAGUUUUCAACAGGAGGACACAUUCAUCAGUUUGAUAUACGCUUCCCGAUCAACGACGAAUCAGAAGUUGUUGACAGUAUGACAUCAUUUCUGGACAAGCAUCCUAGAAUCAGACUUGUAGUAUUGGACCAUAUUACAAGUCCUACAGCUCUAGUGUUCCCGAUAAAGAAAAUGAUAGCGGAAUGUAGGAAGCGAGGGGUAAUGGUGCUGAUAGACGGUGCGCAUGCACCGGGACAAGUUGCGAUAAAUUUAGAAGAACUUGAUCCAGACUUUUACACUGGAAACUUUCAUAAGUGGAUGUUUACACCACGAGGAUGUGCCUUUCUUUGGAUUCGUAAGGAACACCAUGAUUGGUGCACUCCUCUUGUGACGUCACACAUGUACAAAAAGGGUAUUCAGUUUGAAUACUGUAUUCAAGGGACACGAGAUGACAUACCGUACUUCUGUGUACCAGAAGCUAUUCAGUUUUACAAAGACAUUGGAGGAAUGGAAAAAUUAAACAAGUAUACAAGUGACCUAUUGGACAAAGCCAGUGAGUUGGUAGCAGAGAGACUGGGUACAGAGGUACUGCAGAUCCCGAAAUCAAUGGAGGCUCCAGGCAUGAGACUUGUAUUGUUACCAGAAUACGAGGGCUAUGACAAGACAUGGGAGGGAUCAGAGAAACUCUACAUGGAUAUUAUGAAUCAACAUAAAAUAAACUGUGUUAUUUAUCCAGUCCAAAAUGAACUUUACCUGAGACUUUCUGCCAAUAUUUACAACGAAAUGGCGGAUUACAUAAAUAUAGUCGAUCUUCUUCGAAAACUACCCAAGAAAAGUUAACAGUAUUGAGCAAUGGACGAGUAUAUUAAAUGUCCAUUGUUCAGCUCGGUGCCUGUAAACUAUAAUACCUAGGGAGGAAAGCAUUUCUAUAUUCCUAAUUAUCCCGGAUAUAUUUUUUUUGUUUACUUCAUACUUGGCCAGAGUUGUGUAUGCUCCUUGUUUCUCAGGGAUAGUGAUGGGACCUUUAAGUCGGGAACUUGGUGGCGCACAUCUUGUCCCGUGUUCCCCUCCGUGUACUAAGCCGAGUGUCUAAGCUUGAUCUUUUUUCAGAUCAAGUAUCCUACUUCAAUCUCUUAAGUCGGGAAUACUUUCCACUGAUGCUAAAUAUUAUAAAACAUGUAUCAACCCGUUCCUGCAGUUUUGGAGAUGGUAAUCUGACUGAACAUGUCUGACGAUAGUCCUGAUUUUUUUGACAAUUAAAAUAAUAAUUAUUUUUCAAAAAUCAAUAUAUCAAAAUCUUUGAAAAAUAUAAUUUCAAACCUAAGACACAAAAAUAAAGGUAGUCGUUCUUUCUUUGCUAAGUGUCAGGCACUAGAAGUGAUAGAAAUAAGGUUUUGGAGGAGACCUUAAAAACCAAGCUCAUGUGUCACGGUUGGCGUUGGCACGGUAAGAACCCUCAGUGCUCUAUUACCCAGUGUGCUGAGUAUAGGCCUAAAUUUGAAGCCCUUUACCUGCAUAUUGUGUUGCCCUAUGCGUGUUAAAAACUCUCAAAUAGGAUGAAAAUAUGUUGAAUAAAAUUACCAAUCAACUUUU